CUACAAUAGACACCAUCAUCACCAUGUGAGCUACAAUACUUCAGAGGUUGGGGAUGAGCCUCGGCUCUCCCACAGCAUGAAGCCCGAAGCUGUCGGUGCCUAUAAGUACAUUCUUGUCUCGGAGACCACUCGCUACGUGACUAUAUUUCUCUUGUCCAUCUUGAGUCAUCUCUGAGAAUGUCAAUGCGGGCGCGCUUGGCCUCGCUGAGGGUGCUCUGUCGUAGAAAUGCUUCUACUCCCACAGCAUUUAGAUGGGAAGAUCCCCUGAAUUUCUUCAGUUUUCUGACCGAGGAGGAGCAGACCAUUCAAGAAACAGCACAUUAAUUCUGUCAAGAAAAGUUUUUGCCCAAGGUCUUGGAAGCAUACAGGAAAGAAGACUAUGACAAAGUUAUUCUGCAAGAGAUGGGAGAGGUGGGCUUGCUUGGGGCUACUAUCAAGGGGUAUGGUUGCCCCGGAAUUUCCAGAGUGGCCCCAGGACUCAUUUCAAGAGAUGGAAACAGUCGACCCUGGUUAUCGAUCAGGAAUGUCUGUCCAAUCUUCAUUUGUUAUGAGCCCGAUAGAUGAGUUCGGAACGCAGGAACAAAAGGACAAAUACCUGGAAAAGCUCGCCAAAGGGCAAUUGAUAGGCUGUUUCGGAUUGAUAGAGCCCAAUCACGGCUCAGACCCAGGCUCAAUGGAGACGAUUGCGAAACCACAUCCUCAUAAUAAGGGAUUCUUCAGUCUAUCGGGAGCAAAGAUAUGGAUAAUACACUGCCCGAUUGCGGAGGUGCUGUUGAUCUGGGCGAAGCUUCAAGAUACUGAAAAGAUUAGAGGAUUCCUCGUUGCACACGAAAAGUGCCCCCUCGAUACCCUGACGACGCUACCAUUGAAGAGCAAAAGUGGUCUUCGAGCAUUGUCGACCGAAUCGAUGCAGCUUGAUAAUUGUCCUGUGCCGAAAGAGAGCAUGUUUCCCGACAUUGAAGGAUUAAAAGGCCCCUUUGCAUGUCUUAAUUCGGCGCGAUAUGGUAUCGCCUGGGGUACCAUGAGGGCUCUAGAAGAUUGUUUGGCUCGAGCUCGCGAGUAUGCUUUGGAACGAAAUCAGUUCAAGAACAGUCCCAUUGCCAAGUAUCAACUCGUGCAGAAGAAAUUAGCCGAUGCCGCGACAGACAUAGCAUAUGGACUAGCCGCAGCUUAUCAGGUCGGCAGGCUGAAGGAUGAAGCCAAACUCACACCCGAGAUGAUCUCCAUGAUCAAAAGACCGAACUGCGACAGAGCUUUGAUCAACGCUCGACACCUCCAAGAGAUGCUCGGUGGUAAUGCUGUCAGUGAUGAGUACUAUAUUGGGCGGCAUGUGUCGAACCGUUUCGUUACGCAAACCUACGAAAGACAGAGUGACAUCCAUUCACUGAUUUUGGGACGAGCAAUUACUGGCAUUCAGCCGUUCGUGUAGUAGGGCGGCGUCCCUCCAUAUCAGUAGCGCAAUAGAGGUAGCUCAAGGCAUC